UUCAGACCUGUGUGGUGUUCCUAGACUCAGGAGUGAGAAGCAGACAUGGCUCAGUUUGCACAGGUCAUGGCUGAAGUGGGCGACUUUGGUCGCUUUCAGGUGCNGNUGACCAUCCUGAUGGGNAUUCCCAAUUUCCUGUNUNCAUUCUUNNUNUUUAGCCAGGNCUUCAUGGUCCUUGACGAGGCUCACCACUGUUCAGUGUCCUGGGUUAAGAACCACACUUUCAACCUAAGUGCCGCUGAGCAGCUGGCUAUAAGCAUACCCAACGACACAGCGGGCAGACCCGAGUCCUGCCUCAUGUUCCGGCCACCUCCUGACAAUGCCAGCCUGGAAGACAUCCUGAGCCACCGCUUCAAUGAGACACAGGCCUGUGACUCAGGCUGGGACUAUCCUGAGAACCGGCCUCGGUCCCUAAAGAAUGAGUUUGACCUGGUGUGUGAUCGGAAGAACCUGAAGAAGACUUCCCAGUCAGUGUUCAUGGCUGGUCUCCUUUUUGGAGCCCUGGUCUUUGGGCCUGUCUGUGACUGGAUUGGCCGCAGACCCUCCCUCCUAAUGCAGCUGCUUCUGUCAGGCAUCACAAGCAUGGCCACGGCCUUCGUGUCCAGCUUUGAAAUCUACUUGGCCCUACGCUUUGCCUUGGCUACUGCCAACGCUGGAUUUCUACUAAGCACCAAUGUCCUGCUUUCAGAGUGGAUGGGGCCAUCCCGGAGAACACAAGCCAUGGUCCUGGCCCAGAGCAACUUUGCCCUUGGGCUGAUGGUGUUAGCAGGACUGGCCUAUGGUGUCCGCAACUGGAGACUCCUUCAGAUAAUAGGCAGUGCACCCGUCUUCCUGCUCUUCUUCUAUUUCUGGGUUCUGCCAGAAUCUCCACGGUGGCUCCUGUCCCAAGGAAGGACAGAAGAGGCCAAACAACUGGUCCAGAAGGCAGCCUUGGUGAACGGCCGGCCACUCUCCCCAGAGGCCCUGAACCAGCUGGUCCCUGAGAAGACAGGCCCCUCGGGGAACGCCUUGGACCUUUUCAGACACCCUCACCUCAGGAAGGUGACUCUGAUUCUCAUAGCUAUCUGGUUUGUGGACAGUCUGGUGUAUUACGGCCUCAGCUUCCAAGUGGGGGGCUUUGGCCUGGAUAUCUAUGUGACCCAGCUGAUAUUUGGAGCAGUGGAAAUGCCUGCCCGCCUCCUCAGUGUCCCCAUGAUGGAGAAGCUGGGUCGCAAGUGGAGCCAGCUGUGUACUCUGACAGUGGCUGGCAUCAUGUACAUCAUCAUCAUCUUCAUCUCAGGAGCUCUUCCCACGGUGGUCACUGUGCUCGCUGUGGUGGGGAAGUUUGCCUCGUCUGCUGCCUUCACCAUUUCCUAUGUGUACACUGCGGAGCUCCUCCCCACCAUCAUCAGGCAAACAGGCAUGGGGUUGGUGAGCAUCUUCUCCAGGGUCGGUGGCAUCAUCACACCCCUUGUGAUGCUGCUGGAGCAGUACCACCAGGCGAUUCCCAUGGUCAUCUUUGGCAGCCUCCCCAUUGGAGCAGGCCUACUGUGUGUUCUGCUUCCUGAGACCCGGGGCCAGACCCUGAAGGACACCCUCCAGGACCUGGAACAGGGGCGCCCCGCAGGGUCCCCCAAAACAGCACCCCAAGGACAAGACAUGGAGACUUCAGGAAGAACUUCCAGUGUGAGGGCGUCUGUUGUGAAGAGCUCAUACUUCUGACUGUGGUCAUUACGGGCCAGGCUAUCAAGCAGAGGACAGCCAAAAGGCACCUGUAGCACACAGGAUCAGACCAGCCAUGUUCAUGUUCCCUGCUCCCCACUGCCGAGCCCGGAGGGAGUAUCAGGGACACUUCCCUUCCCUCUUUCACACCUCUCAUACACAAACUGCACCCCAGUACCACAGCUGAGUCAGGGCUUGGGUUGCUCUCCGUCUUCUCCAACAUUCUCUCUGGAGUUGUGGCCUCGCCGAUCCCCCCUGUCUGGAAUACCCCAUCCUCAUAAAGACAAAACAAAACCACAACA